AUACAAUAGUUGAACGAAGAACAACCCUAAUCAUCGUUUGUUAAAAUUAUAAGAAGUUUCUUAAUUGUGGCAAGGCUUUUUAAUGCCACAUCAGUUUUUAAUUUCUUGUGAAUAUAUUGAAGUUAGCUUUAUAUAUAAUUAUGUAUAGAAUUAUUUUAGAAUAACAUUUCGUUUUAUUAGUACAAUCUACAGUUUCGUAAACGCAAACUUUGCUUUUCAACUUAAUAUGAAGUGCAACAAGUCUUAAGUACAAAGAGAAAAUGUUGGGAGAAGUUGUCUUCCGCACGCUGGCCCUUUUAUAUAUAAUUUUUACGUCGGUUACAGUGAAUAUCGCAUCAGAUCUUCCAAGUUCUCAUUCCCAAAGUUAUUCGGUUACAACUCUUAUUAAUGCAAAAUGGCAUCAAACACCUUUGUAUUUGGAAAUUGCAGAGUAUUUAGCAGAUGAAAAUCCGGCUUUAUUUUGGGAUUAUGUGAAUGAUGUUUUGACACAACAAAAACCAAUUAAAGAAUAUGCGUCAGAGUCGAACCAAUAUUUGGCAGCGAUUAACAUUGCGCGUAAUAGGCUUAAUGUACUUCAAUUGCCAUUACUUAAACUUGUAGUGUCGUUGCACAGUUUGACACCUCGUAUACAAACACAUUUACAAAUAUCGAAUGAUAUUUAUUCAAAAUCUAAAUGUAAUCAAGAUACUUUCGUUCAAAUUGAUAUUGAAGUCAUAUGUAGCAUUGAUAAGUUAAGAGAAAAUCUCAAUUCUCAGAAAGAGGAUUUGGUAAAACUUGUUACAUACAGUUUUGACCAUGUUUAUCCAGGGUCAGAAAAUAAUUCACGAACAUUUAUUCUGCAUGGAGAUUUUGGGUCUAACAGUUUCUCUACUUAUCACAAAAUAUUAUCAAAAGAAGCCCGUUCUGGAAAUAUACGUUACGUUGUUCGUCAUUACCUAGUAAAUAAUACUAAUAAUAAUCCCGUACGACUAUCUGGCUACGGUGUAGAGCUACAUCUUAAGUCUACUGAAUACAAAAAUCAGGAUGAUGCGCCUAAGUCACACGAUGACACAUUCAAGAAUGGCGCAGAUGACGAAACUGAAUUAAAAGGUUUCGACUUCAAAAUACUGAAGAAUAGAUUUCCAAGUUUGUCCGCUUCUUUAGACCAAUUACGUUAUAGUCUUUUAAAGGGUAAUGAAGAAAUUACCCAACUGAAAGCCUGGGAGUUUCAAGACUUGGGAUUACAAGCAACACGUGCAAUUACUGAAGUGCAAGGUGAUGAGUCCUUGCAGGUACUGCAAUUUAUUGCACACAAUUUUCCAAUGCAAGCGCAUACACUACUUCAUCAUAAAGUAACUGAUGCCUUGCGAGCUGAAAUAAAACACAAUAUUGAAGUGUUUGGCCGUAGUUUAAAUAUCAUUCCUCCCGAUGGUGCGCUAUUCAUUAAUGGUUUAUUUUUUGAUGCUGAUACAAUGGAUCUUGGCGCUAUAGUUGAAACAAUGCGUUCUGAAGUACAUGUUCUCGAGAGUUUACAUAAGAACAAUAUACGAGGUCCACUAGCAGCAGCACUUCUCGCUUUGGAUCUUUCUGGAGCAUCAAACAAAGAAUUUGCCAUCGAUAUCAGAGACACAGCAGUAAUGUGGAUAAAUGACAUAGAGACUGACCCACAGUAUCGUCGUUGGCCAUCAAGCGUAAUGGAUUUACUAAGACCGGCCUUCCCAGGAAUGUUACGAAACAUACGUAAAAAUAUAUUCAACUUAGUCUUGGUAGUCGAUCCAUUAAAUCCUGCUAGUAGAAAUCUGAUAAAACUAGCCGAGAGUUUUAUCAUUCACCAAGCGCCAGUACGACUUGGUCUAAUAUUCGAUACACGAAGUGCUGAAAAAGAUACUGCUAAAGAUUAUAAUUCAAUUAUAUGUGCAUACAAUUAUGUAACUCAAAAUAAGGAAGGGCGGUCAGCCUUAGGUUUUUUAACAGAUGUAUUUGCAGCUGCAGAUGCCACAGAAAAGGUGCGACAUACACAUAUUCGUAGUCAAUUCAAAAAAACGUUUAGUAAUUUAUCUGGGGGCAAAAUUGAUGAUAUUUUGGGCAACGAUUCGGACUAUGAUUAUGGGAAACAAUUGUCUCAAGAAUUUAUUGAACGUUUAGGAUUUGCCAAUUCGCCUCAGGCGUUAUUGAAUGGCGUACCUAUGCAACAAAGUAUAUUAACCUCGGAUAGUGAAUUUGAAGAAGCGAUUUUUUCGGAAAUUAUUCAACAGACCAGUAGUUUACAGAAAGCGGUUUACAAAGGAGAUCUAACAGACACUGAUUCAAUUAUAGAUUAUCUUAUGAAUCAAGAUCAUGUUAUGCCACGUUUAAAUCAACGUAUUCUCAGCACAGAUACGUCAAAAUUCCUUGAUUUUUCGGGAAAGGAAUAUAAGGACUUGACGAAUGUUCAAGAUCUAGCUCAGCUUUCAAAUCGCGAUAUGACGGCUACUUUAUUGUCCAAUAUAAAAUAUUUCGAGGUUAAACAUGCUACUGAACGCAUUGGUAAUUACGAAUUAAACUUUUUAACCAUUUGGAUUAUUGCUGAUAUCGAAAAACCGGAAGGUCGCGAACUGUUAGAAAAUGCACUUAAUUAUCUUAAGUUUGGAAGUAGUGUACGAAUCGGCUUUUUGCCUAAUGUGGAGAGUUCAUCUAUUUCAAAUAAAUAUAAUUUAAAUCGCUUAGCAUGGGCUGCUACACAAACACUUCCCUCCGUCGAAGCUACGGACUUAGUUUUAAAAUGGCUCAAUAAUCCCAACUCGAUAAUUGAAAUUCCAAAUGUUGUCAACGAAAUGCUUUCAUCAACUGAGUUGCAUAUGAAAAUGUUGCGAGUUUAUGUGCAACGCAUUUUCGGAUUGCCGAAGUCUCUCCGUUUAGUAGUUGGAAAUGGGAAGAUAUUCGGACCAUUGUCAACAGGUGAAAAGUUUAAUAUCGAAGACUUUGAGCUGAUUGAUCGAUUCAAUGCUUUUCAAUAUGCUGAUAAAAUCCGAAAAAUACUAAAACAAAGUGUCGAAAAUGAGGCAGAUACUACCGAUGAUACUGAAAUCAACAGUAAUACCUUGCUCAAGUUAUAUGCCAGCCUUGUGCCCAGACAAUCAAAAACUCGUUUUAAGAUACCUGAUGAUAUUAAGAAACAUAAUUCAGUAGUUUCUUUAAUACCCAAACAGCCACUGAUGCCACAUUUUGAUAUUUCUGCUGUUGUUGAUCCUGCUUCUAGAAGUGCACAGAAACUCGCUCCAAUUCUUAUUUUAUUGCGAAAUAUUCUCAACUGUGAAAUGAAUAUAUAUUUAACACCUGUUGGACAACACAGUGAUAUGCCUGUAAAGAACUUUUAUCGGUAUGUUGUGGAACCGGAGGUCCAAUUUCAAACCAACGGCAAGUUAGGGGAGGGUCCUAUAUCAAAGUUCACCGGCUUACCUGUUAACUCAUUGCUUACUCAAAAUAUACAGGUGCCGGAAAACUGGCUUGUAGAGGCUGUGCAUUCUGUAUAUGACUUAGAUAAUAUCAAAUUAAGCGAAAUUGGUGGGCCUGUCCAUAGCGAAUAUGAAUUGGAAUAUUUGUUAUUAGAAGGUCAUUGUUUUGAUUCGAAUUCUGGUGCGCCUCCUCGUGGUCUUCAAGUCACGCUCGGAACACAGAAAUCUCCUGCUAUUGUUGAUACCAUAGUUAUGGCUAACCUUGGCUAUUUCCAACUUAAAGCUAAUCCUGGUGUUUGGGAACUGCGCCUACGCGAAGGAAAAUCUGCUGAUAUAUAUGAUAUUGGCCAUGCAGAAGGUCCCAAUACAAUACAUCAAAAACAAUUAACAAAAGUCGUGAUUAAUUCUCUGCGGUCUCACGUGAUAAAACUAAGAGUUACAAAAAAAUCUGGUAAACAGAAUGCAGAUUUGCUUGGUGACGACGAAGAUGAUUCAAAAUCAGGUAUUUGGAACUCUAUUGCUAGUUCAUUUGGAGGCGGAUCUUCAUCCCCAGCAUCUGAUAAAAAAGGUGUGGAGAACUCUGAAACAAUCAAUGUUUUUUCUGUUGCUUCCGGUCAUUUAUAUGAGCGCCUGUUGCGCAUUAUGAUGUUAUCUGUGUUAAAACAUACGACAUCAUCUGUUAAGUUCUGGUUCCUGAAAAAUUACUUGUCACCACAAUUUACUGAUUUCCUUCCUCAUAUGGCGAAAGAGUAUGGUUUUCAAUACGAACUUGUUCAAUAUAAGUGGCCACGGUGGCUUCAUCAACAAACAGAGAAGCAGCGCACGAUUUGGGGUUAUAAAAUCCUUUUUCUGGAUGUUCUAUUCCCCCUUAACGUUCGCAAGAUAAUUUUCGUGGAUGCAGAUGCCAUUGUACGCACAGAUAUUAAAGAACUUUAUGAUAUGGAUUUAGGAGGAGCACCAUACGCAUACACACCCUUCUGUGAUUCUCGAAAAGAAAUGGAAGGUUUCCGGUUUUGGAAGCAAGGUUAUUGGCGUAGCCAUCUUAUGGGCAGACGAUACCAUAUCUCGGCUUUGUAUGUGGUUGACCUUAAACGAUUCCGCAAAAUUGCAGCCGGUGAUCGAUUACGUGGUCAAUAUCAGGCUUUGAGCCAAGAUCCAAAUAGUCUUGCAAAUUUAGAUCAGGACUUACCAAAUAACAUGAUACAUCAAGUCGCCAUCAAAUCAUUACCGGAUGAAUGGUUGUGGUGCCAAACAUGGUGCAGCGACAACUCUUUUAAAAAUGCAAAAGUGAUUGAUUUAUGUAAUAAUCCAAGGACCAAAGAAGCUAAAUUGACAGCAGCUCAACGUAUAGUACCCGAAUGGAAGGAUUAUGAUAUUGAAAUAAAAAAUUUAAUGAUUAAAAUCGAGGAUAAUGAAAAUACUGACCAUUACGCCCAGGCAAACGAAAUCCCACUAUCAAGUAAUGAAAACCAUGAUGACGGAAACAUGAAACACGAAGAACUGUAAUUUUUAUUCCCGCUCUGUCCUGUAAUUGUAGUAUUCAUAAAUAUUCACAUCUUUUGAUUAUAAAUGUUCAGUUUAAAUUUUUUAUACAAGUUUAUUUUGAUUAGAGUAAUUAAAUAUAAAUAAUAUAAAAACAAUGGUUGAAUUUAGUUCAAGUUAUAAUUUACUAUACAUUUUUUUACCUAAUUUCAAAAAAAAAAAUAGGAUAACGAUUUUAUGUAUUUGCAAUCGCCACUAUUAAGUAAAGAACUUCUGAAGAGUUCCCUGCUCGUACAUUUUUUUUACAUCUGUGCCGCCUCCUAUAAACUUUCCAUUAAUAAAGCACCUUGGCACCUGAAAACAAAAAUAAUAA